UGACUACCACAUUCAGGAUUGGUUGGAGGGAUUAGUUGUCAAAGAUAGAAGAUCUGGGGCGGUUUGAGUUUAGAUGCCGUCGUGCCUAGUGUAGAUCAAGCAUGGUGUACAUGCUGCAUAUAACGGAGAAAGGUUUGUAGUGCUACUGGGCCUGUGUGCAGUGAAUGGGAUAAACGGCAGGUCUGAAGGUACCGAAUGACUACUUCAAUCUAAUAGUGAUUUAGUGAUUACAGAUUAAACAAAAUACUGGCUCAUGAAAGAUGAAAGCAUGCUAAAAAACUGCAAUUAUGUGUUUUAAUACUGAAAAAAAUGCAAGUUCGCAUGUAACAGUAUACUUCUCCCUUGUGGUUUAUAGUAUUACAAUGCUAAACUUUGUUUAGUCGUUCAGUAAGGACUGUUGUUUUUCCUUUAUUUUUGUAAAUAUUGGUUGUUCCUGCUAUCUUGGCGCUUUCAUAAUGAAAAGGACAUGCUGCCAGGUGUGUUUGAGAAAAAUAAUCAACCUAGGACAGUCAUACUAUUGUGUGAUGGUGACAAACAGGAGGAUCAGCCAUGUCCUGAUAUAUACUAUAGGACAAUUCUUUUUUUAAGAGCCAUCAGUCAUGUCCAUUUGGAGGAUGAUCGUUGAUUCCAAGUCUCCAAGCAUGGGAAGAACCGACGCCUUUCUCUGUACAAGAGCAACCAGCCAUAUCCUUGUGGAGCGCAGCACCAUCACUAGUUCAGUUCACCACCAUGCCCAUCGCCCCCGAGGAGUUGCUGGGGCUGAAGGAACACAUGGAGCCCCCGCCGCCAUCCCCAUCCGUCUACCUUGACAUUCCUCCGUCGCCCUAUGGCGGCAGUGUCGGGGACCUGGUGCUCCCAUACAUCACUCGCAUGCUGAUGGAGGAGGACAUCGACGACAGGUUCUUCUACCAGUACCCAGACCAUCUUGCCUUCCUCCAGGCGCAGCAGCAAUUUACCCAAAUUCUUGAUGAUGCCAAGAACUUACUGUCCGGCGAAGGUGGCGACAUGGAGAAGAUGCAUUCUGAUGCGUCUUUGCAGGGUAUUCGUGGAGGUAGCAUGUGCUUGGCUGACAAGGACGUCCCGAGUUGGACGUUCUCGGAUGGUGCUGAGGUGUACAAUAAUGGUGAUCAGAGCAAACUCAACCGCUCCAAUGAAGCCAUGCUUAACUUUGCAUUCUUGAAAGGCAUGGAGGAGGCCAACAAGUUCUUGCCUAGAGACAACCAACCGCAGGCUGAUGUCUUCAGCGUCGACCAAGCGAAGGAGAUUUUUGGGCGAAGCAUUAGUGGUGGGGGACGGAAGGGUCAGCGUGAUGUGGACAAGCUGGAGGAAGUGGUGGGCAGGGCCAGCAAACUGCUGAUGCCGGAGCUGGAAGAGGAUGGCGCCAGCGAGAUGAUCAACAAAAUAAUGCUGAAUAGUUACGAACUAUGUGGGGAGACCAUGGAGGAGCUGCAAAUCACCAUGGAGAACAUCAGAGCUGAUAGAAAAAAUAAGAAGGCGGUGCGGGGAAAGCAGGGAAAGAAAGAGGCGGUGGACCUGCGCGGGCUGUUGCUAUGCUGCGCACAGGAGGUGGCCACCGGCAACCGUCAUGGCGCGGGCAAUCUGCUGAAACAGAUCAGGCAACAUGCUUCCGCAACAGGAGAUGCCGCUCAGCGGCUGGCGUAUUGUUUCGCCAAGGGGCUUGAGGCCCGGCUGGCGGGCACUGGGAGCCAGGUGUACAAGUCACUCAUGGCGAAGCACACCUCGACCAUGGAGUUCCUCAAAGGUUACGAGCUGUUCAUGGCAGCCUGCUCCUUCAAAAGGGUGGCGUUCACAUUCUCCAGCAUGACCAUCUUCGAUGCCGUGGAAGGGAAGAGCAAGUUGCACAUUGUGGAUUAUGGCUUGCAUUAUGGGUGCCAGUGGCCGGGCCUGCUGGCUUGGCUGGCGACCAGGGACGGCGGGCCACCGGAGGUGAGGAUCACCGGGAUUGACCUCCCGCAGCCCGGGUUCCGCCCGGCUAAGAGGCUUGAGGAGACAGGGCGGGCACUCAGCAACUGUGCCCGUCAGUUUGGCUUGCCGUUCAAGUUCCAUGCCAUCGCGGCCAAGUGGGAGACUAUCCGUGCCGAGGACCUCAACAUCGACCCUGACGAGGUGCUUGUGGUGAAUGACCUGUUCAAUUUCAACACCUUGAUGGACGAAAGCCUUGUUAUCGACAGACCCAGCCCCAGGGAUGUGGUCCUCAGCAACAUCCGGGAGAUGCAGGCAGAUGUGUUCGUCCAAGGUGUUGUGAAUGGUUCUAGCGGCCCAUUUUUCUUGGCCCGGUUCCGGGAGGCACUCUUCUUUUACUCAUCGGUGUUCGACAUGCUUGACACCACCACACCGCCAGAGAGCUACGAGCGCUUCGUUCUCGAGCGGGACAUGUUCGGGCAGUGUGCCCUGAAUACUAUCGCCUGCGAGAGUGCAGACCGGGUAGAGCGUCCCGAGACAUACAAACAGUGGCAGCUGAGAAACCAACGUGCAGGCCUCAGACAGCUGCCACUGAAGCCGAUUAUCACCAAGGUGGCAACAGGCAAGGUCAAGAGCCUGUACCACAAGGAGUUUGUUGUGGAUGUGGAUCAGGGGUGGUUGCUGCAGGGGUGGAAGGGCCGCAUCCUAUAUGCUCACUCGGCGUGGGUGGCAGACGACACUAGCUCCGAGUAUUAGCUGCCUUUUUCUG